GUGAGAUUGUCCUGUACCAUUAUUGUUCAGAUAUAAAUGGCUAUCAGCUUUUGUCAUGUCUCACACUUUCCGUUCACUGCAAAACCUUCUCUUCCAUUAAAAUCAUCAAGAUCACCCUUCUUUGCUGCUUCAUCUUCAUCAUCCAUAAUGGAGUUGCACAAUCAAGGACGUUCAAGAUUCUUAGAAUUCCCAUUUGUCUCUGUCCCGCAGAGAGAACUAAUGGUUGAUUUACUAUCCGCAGUAGAAAACCGCCUUGGGUCGCAGCUACUUCCUUGUACUCUCCCGCCUGACGUACAGUACUGCCGGAACCAAAGUGGGAACGCACAAGCUGCUUUUCAUAUUAGAUCCGCUAAUCAAAACUCCCCUGUGGAUUUCAUACUGGGGAGUUGGCUACAUUGCAAAUUACCAACUGGUGCAGCAUUGAACAUCACAAGCCUUUCAGCCUACUUGAACCUUUCAACUGAUGCACCAAACUUCCUGAUUGAGCUCAUCCAGAGUAGUCCAACGUCAUUAGUCUUAAUUAUUGAUUUGCCUCCACGAAAGGACCUUGUCCUUUAUCCGGACUACCUCCAAACUUUCUAUGAGAACUCUCAGUUGGAGGCGCACAGGCAGACGCUUCAGAAACUCAAAGAGGUUCAACCUUAUGUCACUUCAUCUCUUUAUCUUCGUAGCUUCCUCUCGCCAACAGCCAUUAUGAUUCUUGUAGAAACUGAGGCAGGUGAAUCAGGUCGAAUGGAGGAGAUUAUAAAAGAUCAAGUCGGUCCAGUUGCAAAAGCAGUUUUUGGGGUUUGGUUGGAUAAAUGUGCUUGUGGAGGGAGAGAGGUGGAAGAGGAGGAGAAAGCUUAUUUGAAGAAGAGGGAUGAGCUUGUUAAGAAGAAAAUCAUUGAGAUUGAUUUAGCUUCCAACUUUCCAAGGAUGUUCGGGCCAGAACUAGCAGAUAGAAUAUUGGGAGCUAUACAAAAAAUUUAUAAUGUAUAAAUUUCAGUCACCUAAACUUACCUGUAAUUAUUGAGUAGGUGAUAUCAAAACUUUGUUGACACAUGAUGGUUCCUGCCCUGAACAAAUAGGAAAGAUAAAUGAAAUAAGUGAGGAUUUCAGAUGUCUA